AUGGCCUCCACAUUGAAAGCCCUGGCCAUGAAAAGAUUCGUACCUCGUUACUUUGACAUUGGGGUCAAUUUUACAGAUCCGAUGUUCCAUGGCCACUAUAAUGGCAAACCUCAUCACGAUCUGGAUCUUUCUCUAGUGCUUGAGCGCGCCAGGCUCUUCAACGUUGAGAAAAUCCUCGCUACUGGAUCUACUUUAGAAGAAUCUCGUCGAACUAUGGAGAUGUGUCGUAAUCAUCAGGGAUUCCUUUAUUCUACCGUAGGGGUCCAUCCGUGCAGUGUCACCGAAUUCAUCGACAAUCCAGAACUGCAUCUUCAACAACUUCGAGAGCUUGCCCUUGAAGGCAAACAAUUGGGGAUCGUCAAGGCUUUUGGGGAGAUUGGCUUAGAUUAUGAUCGAUUGCAUUAUGCUUCUGCAGAUUUACAACGAGAAUAUUUCAAAAAACAACUUGAUAUUGCUGUGGAUUGUGAUUUACCAUUGUUUUUGCACAUGAGGGCUGCUUGUGAUGAUUUCAUCAAGAUUAUUGAACCGUACCUUGCUUCUUCUUCUUCUUCGUCAUCCACUUCCAAUGGUAAAUUGACCCGUAAACACCAUGUGGUGCAUUCUUUUACCGGAACUUUGCCAGAACUUAAAAGACUCGUGGAAUUGGGGUUCUAUAUCAGUGUCAAUGGUUGUUCAUUGAAAACUGAGGAGAAUUUGCAAGUGGCGGCAGAAAUACCCUUGGAAAGAUUGAUGAUUGAAACUGAUGCUCCAUGGUGUGAAAUCCGUAAAAGUCAUGCCGGUUAUAAGUAUCUUACAGGGUAUCCUAAUGCGUAUUAUCCCGAAAUCGCGAUUGAAGAAGAUCAAGCCUCAUCAGAACAAACUGCUCAACAGAAACCAACCUCAAAGAAAAAAGCUGUCGUCCAACUUCAUGAUCAUUUACCUUUCCCAAAUAUCAAGAAGGAAAAGAUGGCGACGUUUGAGAUCCAACCAGAGGCACAAAUUGGGAUCAGGGCACCCCCAUUGAUCAAGUCCCGUAAUGAACCAGUGUUUGUGGGACUCGUUGCCGAGGUCAUGGCCAAAUUGAAACAGGUUGAACCAGAAGUAUUGAUUGAUAUAGCCUACAAAAACAGUGUUGAAGUAUUUGAUGUAUAUCCAGAUAGAAAGUGA